AUCAGCGCCUCUUUAGCACCUAUGUAAAAAAAAAAAAACCUUCAUUGAAAGUUGAACACAGGAUUUUAUUUGAGUCGUCACGCAGCUGAAGUUUGGUUAUCGGAUUUUACCGUCACAUUUUAUCACCUUUGCAUGUUUUUUUUUUAAAACAUUUAAUUAUGGACAGACCAAGCCUCCGCAGACUGUUUUCUGCGUGUGAUGUGAACAAGUCCGGUAAGAUAGAGUACGAGGACUUCUGCGUUGUCUGCCAGGAGCUAAACGUCCCCAAAAGUGAAAUACAAACCCUGUUCGACAAAUUCGACGAGGACCGAGACGGCUCCAUCACCUACAGCAAGUUUUCGUCCAGGUUUCGGGAGGUUUCGGAGACUCUUAACUUGGCGUCUUUGGACACCACCGGGUCGACCAGUUACCCGAACAGUCCGUGGGGAGAGUUCCUGUGCAGGAUAGAUGCCGAGGAGUCCGUCGUCUCUGAAAGUCUCAAGGAGCAGCUGGCCGAGCUUUACCAGUCCAUUCACACCUCUGCAAACAUGACUGUGCUGCAGCAGUACGAGGAAAUCAUCCACUCUCUGCUCAGUCAAAGUCUGGACAGCAAGCUGGAGUGUGAACAGCUGGAGACCAGCUUAAAGCGAGCCGAGGAGAUGAACAACAGUCAGCUGACAGAGCUGGAGGAGGAUAUACAGCAGCAGCUUGCCAGGACAGAGGAGAGGGUGAGAGGCGAGGAGCGCAAGAAAAUGGAGGGAAUUUUGGCCACCAUGCAGAGGAAGCACCAGAACCAGAUCACAGACUUGCACGCAGCUGUGGAUCGACUGUUGAAGAGCCAAGAGGACUCCGAUUUCAACGAAUCAAAGGAGGAGAUGACCCGACUGAACAGACACAUCAGCAAUCUGAGCGAGGAAAAUGAGCAGCUGCGAGGGUCUCUGCUGCAGGCCCAGACAAACAUCGCCAUCCUGCACUCAGACCUGGACAAGCUGAAGAACAUGUAUGCAGACCAGAAAGCUCAGCAUGACAGAGAAACAGAAGAACUGAGGAGGAUGACUGAGGAAUACCAGUCCUACUCCAGCCAGAUUCAGGUUCUCCAGGAAAUGAACAAAAACCUGUAUGACAGUAACGACGGGCUGCGCUCUGCUUUAGCCACUGAAGCCGUUGCAGCUAAAAGGAGGCUGUCGCCGCAAAAUGAAAUCCCCGCCCGGAGGAUGAAACCGCUCCGACAGAGCACACUCAACCAGGGCAGCUCAGAGCUGGAUUCAAGCAAAACCACCUACUCUCACGUGGCCUCCUGGGCUGAUAAGUACCUGGACAGCGGCGUGGCCCUGCCGAUGGAAACGACCGACAGCGCAGGCAGCGAUUACGACAGCGAGGACAACGGGAGCCUGCCAGAAACUGUUCACCACAGUUACUCGUGUGCCCCUUCCGAUGUGGAGAUAUCAGAAGUGAAAUCUGAAGCUGCUCUCUCUGUGACUCCAAGUCGGGCGAGCUCCAUUGCAUCAUCACUGCGAAGACGUCUGUCUGCAUUUUCCUCAAAGCCUUUAGAAGCGGACAUAGAAGAGACCGGGGAACCUGCUCCAAUGUACCGUCUGGUUUUAGCUGGAGACGCGGGAUCUGGGAAGUCCAGUUUCCUGCUGAGACUGACGCUCAACGAGUUCAGAGGAGACAUCCAGACAACACUGGGAGUUGACUUCCAGAUGAAGAAGUUGCUGGUGGACGGAGCGACGACAAAUCUGCAGAUAUGGGACACAGCUGGGCAGGAGAGGUUUCGUAGCAUCGCCAGGUCCUAUUUCCGUAAAGCUCAUGGAGUCCUGCUCCUCUACGAUGUGACUUCAGAGAGCAGCUUUCUUAACGUCAGAGCGUGGAUGGAUCAGAUCCAUGAUUCAACAGACGAAAAAAUCCCCAUGUGUGUUAUUGGAAACAAGGUGGACCUCCGGGAGCAGCUCCCAGAAAAGACGUGUGUGAGCAGCCUGCACGGAGAGAAGUUGGCAAAGACGUACGGCGCCUUGUUCUGUGAAACGAGUGCCAAAGAGGGAACCAACGUCGUGGAGGCCGUGCUUCAUCUAGCCAGAGAGGUAAAGAAAAGUUUCAUCCAGAGGCGGCAGUCCCACUCCCAGCUCCGACUGAGUCCGUUCAACCAGAAGAAGAGUCCGAGCGGCUGCUGUUGACGGUACAGGACGGACGACAGAAAUCUAAGGAGCCAAUGAAGGACCAAGUGUUUUUGUACUGAGAUGAAGACUGUUUUUUUUGUUUUUUUU